AUGGAAGUUUUCGAUCCAAAGACCCAAACUUGGGAGCUUGUGGUGUGCCCUGUUGCAGAGAGAUGCAGGAGUCGUGUAUCCAAGAGCGCAGUGAUCGAAGGGAGAAUCUUGUACAUGUUUUUAGAUGGUGGCGUGGCUUACAAGCCAAGAGAAGAUAGUUGGGAAGCUAUACAAGGGCCGAGUCGUUUGGAAAUAGGAUGGCCACAGCGUUCUUACUGCGUGGUGGAUAACGUGCUGUGUUGUUUUAGAAAUCCGGAUGGUGUUAAAUGGUACGACAGUGAGGGACAAGAUUGGAUGAAUAUGAAGGGCUUGAGAGGAUUGCCUAGGUUUGAUGUUUAUAGUGUUCUUGGUGUGGCGGAUUACGGUGGGAAGUUGGCUGUUUUGUGGGCAAGUGGUCUCCGUGCUAAUGGAUAUGGGUAUAAGGAGAAGACGAUUUGGUGUGCGGUGAUUGUGCUUGAAAAACGGAACGGUGGUGAGGAGAUUUGGGGAGUGGUCGAGUGCAUUGACCCUGUUCUUACGGUCCCUGCCGCUUAUGAUAUGGUGCGUGCUCUUGCUGCUACUGUCUGA